AUGGCUUCAAUAGUCAUGGCUAUCCUCAAAGCCACUGUAGGCAAGCUGCUGGACAAAGGACGAAAAAUGGUGGCGGACAGACUUAAGGAAGGCGAUGUUACAGAUGAGCAAUUUCGUACACUGAUCGUAAGUGAAAUCGAUGAAAUUAAGUCGAAGCUAGACGGAAUAGCAAGAGCAAACUUGUUAGCGAGUAUCAGCUUUUUCAAGGAAGGCAUUCUAUACCUCUACAAAGUAUUAGACAUGAAAGCCAGAGAAGAUAACGUAACAGAUUACGGGUUAGAGAGGAAAGACGGCAAAGAUAACACAGAAGUCAACGUGGCUGCCUCACCAACCUGCGUUCAACCUGCUUACCUAGCUAAGGAAAUGAAAUGCCUAUCGUUAACAAAAGACAAUGGGCCAUCUACACGAGCACUUUCCGUUGCCUGCGUGCAGACGUCUCUUAUUUCCUUUGUUGCACGCGUGCAACAGAGGAAAUAGGAGACGUCUGCACGCAGGCAACACUUUCCGAUGCAAAAAGCCGAUUUAAAGAUGCCAGAAGAAGGGCUACAGAAGCUUUCAGCAAUGAAGCACUCAGCACUUCUGAUCGCCUUCUAGCGAUGCAGUUUCGUGUCAUAUCAACAUUACUGGGAAAAAUAGACGUUCCCGCGGACGCACUUUUGGCUUGUAGACUGUGUCUUGAAGAGCUGCAUGCUGUACCAGCGAUCAAAGAAAGCUUUAAAGUUCAGCUUAAAAAGGGCUUCAAGUCCCGGUUUAACAAGUCUGAACGCAAAGAAAUAGUUAAGUCUGUUUGUCGUCUGAAUAGAGCCAUAUAUGACGUCUCGCAAAUGAUCAGCGACGAUACUAAUCUCUUGCUAUGGCCUUGUAUUGAUACGGGGGAAGAUAAAAUCGACCCGUUGCGUGACUGUAGAGUUGUUGAAGUACUGCGUGACGCUGAUGUCGAAGAGUUUUGCAUUACACCGUUGGAACUUGGUGCAUAUGGUGAAAGAAAACACAAAAUGAGACUACCAUGCAUUAUGACCACAAACACCCAAGGAGAAAUCCUUGUUUUAUACAGAGAAUUUUUUUGGAAGUCUCAAAUUGAAGUUUUUUCUAGUAGCGGAGAGCAUAUCCAAUUUUUACCAAUCUCUUUACCAGUUCCCAUGAGUGAAUUUGCUGAAACAGCAAUAGAUACUGAUCAGCGUGACAACAUUUACCUAAUAGGUCAUUCUGACUUAAAAGGUUUAUCUGUGUUCGUGUUUGACAAGAACAUGACCCUACAGCAAGAAUAUAACCCUAAAGGAAUGGAACUGGCUUACGGGCAGCCCUGGGUUGUAAGCGACAACACCAAACUAUUCGCGCUAAAUGUGGCAUCAGAUAUACAGGUGUUUGACAUUGAGAAACACUUUGUUAUAAAAAGGUUGGGAGCUGGAAUGUUGAACAACGCAAAAGACAUAACUUAUGUCAACGCUGGCAAGGUAAUGGUACUCUCUUGGAGAAUAUGGAGAGUGUCUUUCUCAGUUUAA